AUGGCAGACGAUUCUGAAUUUGCUGCUCCUCCUCCACCUCCACCCAAGCGUUCUGCUUCAGAUGUUCCGCAACCACCUCCUUUGAAAUAUACCAAACCUUCGUGGGCCGGCGUCGCUGCUUACAGCUACACUUUGGAAGUACUCAAAGGCGGGGUCAGUAUCGACAAGAUUCAAGGACCCAAGAAAGACGUCAUUACCAUUGGCCGACUUCCUCUAUGUGACGUACAAAUGGAGCAUCCUUCCAUUUCACGAUAUCACGCGGUUCUACAGUUUAACGAGGACAGUGAUGCUUAUAUUUACGAUCUGGAAAGUGCCCACGGUACCAAACUGAACAAGAAGCACAUUCCCCCGCGCGUACACACCCUGAUACGACCGGGCGACCAAUUACAAUUCGGCGAAAGUACACGCAUCUUUGUAUAUGAGACAACCAAACCAGUUUCUGAAGAAGAUCUUGAAAGAGAGGAUCGGAUAGCACUGCGCCAUCGUUCUCGAGCCGCAGAUGUCGAGCAUGUAAACGAAGAUGACGAGGAUCAGGGGAUUUCAUGGGGUUUCCAAGAGGAUGCCGUGGAAGAAGAUGAAGAAGACGAGGAAGAUGAAGAAAAUGAGGCAAGCAGUAAGAGGAAAGGAGCACCAUCCGGUGAUGCAGCCCUUUUGACGGCUGAAACGCAUGACGAUCUUGUGAUCCGCAAAAACGCGACUGAAAAGGCCAUGAAAGAAUUGCAGGAGAAAAUCGACCAGCGAAAAGUCAGAGACGCCGAAGGAGCAAAGAGUAAAGAGGAUGAAGAACAAGAUCUGGAUGACUACAUGAAAUCACUAAGUAAAGCACCCCAGAAAGAGGCUUCUUUGUUUAGUAUGCAGAAGGAGCUUCAACAAUUACAAAAGGUAACAAGAUUGUGA